AUGAAAUAUGAAAUACUGCUGGAAUACAAGCCAGGCAAAGAAAUGUCUAUUCCAGACACACUGUCAAGAGCAUCGCUACCAAUCAAAUAUCCCUCAAGUGAUGACUGGCAAGUUCAUCUGAUCGUCAAUAGUUUACCCAUGUCAGAUGAAUAUAUGAACAUUUUUCAGCAGGCCACUGCAGAUGAUGCUGUUUUAAGGCUGUUAAAGAAUAAUAAUAUGAUAGGCUGGCCAAACAAGAGAGCUGAAAUUCCACAAGCAUAUUCAGGAUUUAAAGAAGAACUUAGUGAAAGCAAUGGUUUACUUUUUAAAGGAGAAAGAUUUAUAGUACCAAAAGUAUUGCAAAAAGAAAUGCUUCAAAGACUGCACCAAGGUCAUCUUGGGCGAGAUAGAUGUCUUGUUACAGCUAAGGAGGUGUUCUUCUGGCCUGGAAUGUCUAAGCAGAUUAUAGACAUGGUAUCAACAUGUGCAGUGUGUAACGAACACCAGAAGUCCCAGCAAAAGGAGCCAUUGUUACCACAUGAUACUCCUGUACUUCCUUGGGAAAAAUUGGAGCUGAUAAUUUUGAGUAUCUCAGUAAAAACUAUUUGCUACUUGUAG